AUGGCCAGCUGGCACGACGCGCCCUAUCUCCAUUUGUCCAACAGCUCCUAUCUCGACUCCCUCUCCAAUAACACCGAUCCAUACACGAUUUACUACGGUCAGGAAGCGGUAGUGUCGGAAAAACAAGUAUUAAUCUAUGGGAUAAUCAAUAUACUAGGUAUAGUCUUCUUGGGGUUGUUGGUAGCAACAAUCCUUCUGUCUGGAACAAGAGUAUCAAACAAGAUUUCACAAAUAAAGAUCAAACGACUGAGUCUCGCUACUACUACUACGAAAUCCUCAUCGACCACUGAACGUAGUACUUCCAGAAGAAGGCAGGCGACAGCAACAACACCAAUACAUCGCAUUCAACGUGAUCCAUGUCUGAUCAAUUCGUUCAUCGUCAUUAUCCUAGUCAGUAUAUUGAACUUGUUAUAUUGGUUUGCGAGUGGAGGCAAGAUAGAUUCAGAGGAGAUUUUAUACCUUCCUCAUGCUCGGUUAUGUAGAGCUCAGGCUAUAUUGCAAGCUGGAUCUCAAGCUGCUCAAGUUAGUGUGGUACUUUCGGUGGUACUUAGGCUAUGGCUUAAAACUAUCACAUUGACGAGACCUUAUUUCGAUAAAUUCAGAGGAUGUUUCACUCUCUUUUUCUUACUGGCAUUACCGUAUUUGUUCGUUAUAGGUUUCAUGCCAAGUAUGAUCAUCUUAACGUCUAAUGCGAAAAAUCCUAUUCUUAUUCCCACUCCUUUCUAUUGCUCGUUACUUGAUUUACACAUUCGACGGUCAUACCAAAUUCUAACAGGGGUGAUUGCGAUCCUAACGCUGAUAAUGGAGUUAUGGGUCAUCCUCCUUAUUCUUCAGCAUUUCAACCAAACUUCCCGAACCACCAACCUCGUCAAUUCAUCACACGGUCUGAAAUUCAAACCCAAAACUAUCCGAUUACUGAACACCAGCUUUUAUAUUAGGGUAUCAUUAUUUGUAUUUUGGACAAUGGGAAUGAUCGCAACUUCACUCUAUCAGGCAUUCGAUAACACUAUUACAGAUCCUAAUAGUGAUUUUUUCUUCGCUUCGAUGGGUUUAAUUGGAUUUAUAUGUUUUGCUUCUCAGUCUGAUAUACUUAGAGCAUGGAAUAUACCCACUUCUACAGAAGAAUGGUCAAACCUCCUUCAUCAUUCACGUUUACGAAAAUCUGAUCGAAACCAAAAUCAAGAUGAAGAUGUUGAUACAUCUAUACCUCAGUUACCGAGGUGGAAUCGCCAUAGGAAUCGCCAUGGAGAUCUACCGCCAAUUGCCAUAGGCGAUGGAAUACAUCAUCAAAACCCAAUGCGUUCUCAAACCCAGGGUGUGAAAGAAUUGGAUCUAGGUGAAUUCUUGGGUGAGAUCCGAUUAGAUUCCGAAUUGGUGACGACCUCUGGAGAAGGUGGGCCGAGCGGUAGUGGUACUUCACCAGAGCAGAGUGGACAAACUUACGAGUUGGAAGAAAAAGAAGAUUUAAGACAUGUCGAUAAAGUCAAUGAUGAUACGUUCCCUUCAUCGGGGAUGGUAAUUACUUUACAUGGGAGUGUACAGGUAGAUCAGAAGAGUAUAGCUGGGAGAUCGGAUGCUGGUGAGAUGGUGUAA